GCUUUAUCCGCCACUGAUCUUCUUAGGCAGCUCGAGAGAAAUGCGGUUGGUGUUGUAGCGGGCAGCCGAGGCUCCACUGAAGCGGGAAACAGUGGCGCAAGGUGUGGAUGAUUGAAGAGGGAGCGCAAUCUCUUGCCCUCUCGCCUCGUGCAAGCCUGUUUUGAACGGCGUGGACGGUGAACGGGAGUUGCGUACCAGGGCAAUUUUUUUUUUCGGCUUGGUUCUUCCCACUGUUCAUUCUCUUCGUUCUAGUGUCUUGGCGUUGCGUUGUUGCCUGCGGUUCUGUGUCUGUCCGUUUGUGCAGCACUGCAGUAGGCAGGAGGAAGAGGAAGCGUCAAAAGGAUCAAGAAACUCCAAAGAGGGUGGUGUAUGCUAUCGGAGUGAAGAGGAGAUGGCUGGCAUGCUGGCCGCCAGACUGUACCGAAGUUCGGCGAGCAGGGCGUAUCAGCCGUCUCUUUCAGUAGUGGGAGGAUGGCGAGGGUUUCGGAAUUUGAGUGUAGGCGAAGGGAAAGAAGAGAUGGCGUCAAUCGCGGAGGGUGUAGUUCGCAAAUUUGGUAUUGGUAGGCACAUGCAAGGUGUGGAGAACGCGUCGGCGAAUUGCUUGGCUUCGUCGUUUAUCAGGCACUGCUGUGCCGCGGCUGGGGCCCGAGGUUACAGCUCGAAGGCCGGUGGAAGCGAUGUGAUCGGAAUCGACCUCGGGACGACGAAUUCGUGUGUGUCGGUGAUGGAGGGGAAGAUGCCACGCGUCAUUGAGAACGCCGAGGGAGCGAGGACAACACCGUCGGUGGUAGCGUUUACUCCAAAGGGCGAACGAUUGGUGGGUAUGCCUGCCAAGCGUCAGGCUGUGACGAAUCCCACGAACACUCUCUUCGGAACAAAGCGGCUAAUCGGUAGGAGAUUCGACGACGCGCACACGCAGAAGGAGAUGAAGAUGGUGCCUUACAAAAUCGUUAGAGCUUCGAAUGGCGACGCAUGGGUGGAGGCAGGCGGGCAGAAUUACUCGCCCAGCCAGGUUGGUGCCUUCGUCCUGGGGAAAAUGAAAGAGACAGCGGAGGCUUAUUUAGGGAGAGCUGUUAGCAAGGCAGUCAUCACUGUCCCCGCGUAUUUCAAUGAUGCACAACGUCAGGCCACCAAGGAUGCCGGACGCAUUGCAGGCCUGGAAGUAUCACGAAUCAUCAACGAGCCGACGGCGGCGUCGCUUUCAUACGGUAUGGACAAGAAGGAGGGAUUGAUUGCGGUUUUCGAUCUCGGUGGAGGAACAUUCGAUGUUUCCAUCUUGGAGAUCUCUGGUGGCGUUUUCGAGGUCAAGGCUACCAAUGGUGACACGUUCCUUGGAGGGGAAGACUUCGACAAUUGCCUUUUGAACUACCUGGUUGAGGAAUUCAAGAAGGAGCAGGGAAUUGACCUGAAGGGAGACAGGCUCGCUUUGCAGCGUCUGCGGGAAGCGAGCGAGAAGGCGAAGAUAGAGCUUUCCUCGACGCCACAAACGGACAUCAAUCUACCUUUCAUCACUGCCGACGCCAGUGGCGCGAAGCAUCUCAACUUUAGUUUGACGCGCUCCAAGUAUGAAGCGCUCGUCGGGCAAUUGCUGGAUAGAACAAAGCAGCCUUGUAAGGACUGCCUCAAAGAUGCGGGAGUGUCGGCGAAAGAUAUCGACGAGGUCAUAUUGGUGGGGGGCAUGACGAGGAUGCCCCGUGUGCAGGAGAUCGUGAGCUCAAUUUUCGGUAAGGAUCCUUGCAAGGGUGUCAAUCCGGACGAAGCGGUGGCCAUGGGCGCGGCGAUCCAAGGCGGCGUCCUUCGAGGGGAUGUCAAGGAUAUUCUGCUGCUGGACGUGACACCACUUUCGCUCGGCAUCGAGACGCUUGGCGGUGUCUUCACACGACUUAUCCAUAGGAACACUACGAUCCCAACCAAGAAGUCUCAGGUCUUCUCCACCGCUGCGGAUGGGCAAACGCAGGUAGGUAUCAAGGUUUUGCAGGGCGAAAGAGAGAUGGCGGCGGACAACAAAUUGUUAGGUCAGUUUGACCUAGUCGGUAUUCCACCCGCUCCACGAGGAGUCCCGCAAAUUGAGGUUGGGUUUGAUAUAGAUGCGAACGGAAUUGUGAAUGUGUCGGCGAAAGAUAAGGCGACGGGGAAGGAGCAGGCGAUCACGAUUCAGUCGUCAGGAGGACUGUCGGAAGCGGAAAUCAACAAGAUGGUUCAGGAAGCGGAGCAGUAUGCGCAAAAGGACAAGGAGAGGAAGGAACUAAUCGAAGCUAGGAAUGUCGCGGACACGCUGAUUUACUCCACGGAGAGGAGCUUGAACGAGCAUAAGGACAAUCUUCCACAGGACGUCGUCGACAAUGUGACGAAAGCGAUAUCGGAGUUGAAGAGCGCGAUGGAGCGGGACGAGCUCGAGCGGCUGCAGGCCGCCAUUGACGCGACUAGGGCGAGUUCCCUACAGAUUGGAGAAGCCCUCAACAAGCGGGCGGGGGGAUCGGGAUCGGGUUCGGCGGGCUCCGCGGGUGACAAGGCUGCGGAGGCCGAGUAUGAGGAACCGGGUAAGGAAAGCAGCAAGUGAUUUCUGUGAUUUAUUUGUUCCUCGUUGUUGCCCCAUGUGUAGGCAGUGGUAGAUUGUGACCCUGUGCUCUGAGAUCAGGGGGAAAAGUAGAGAAUGGGCAGCGGUGGGUAGGCAUUACCUUGUCUUGAAGGUGCACGAGGUUUAGGGUUUGCUGAAAAUUGUGCCCAUUAUUGAUUUGUUGACUUACUAGAGUAAGGCCAUCGUCAUUAUCGUGCCCUACGGUAAUAGGGAGAAUGUGUCUGCCGCUUUUUCCUGUCACUUAUCACUGGUUGACGACGCGAAGAGGAAAAGUGGUGGCGUUCGGUCAAUCGCGAGGUAACUUAUGUAAAAGCUUUGCAGGAUAGGCGAACGAUUGACUAUCUAGAGUAGCGCGUCAAGAGUAGUUGCCGAAUUCUCGUCAGCUCUUUUACUCAGCGCGCCGUGGUCAGUAGUUGGGGGAGUGAAAGAGGAUCAAUGUUCUGUGCCUUGUGUGUGUGAAUCCCUUUCCAUUCGCAUGGGAUGGUACGCCGAGUGACAAACGACUCUUGGGUACAUUGUGCUGCUUGGGAAGUGGCCGGUUUUACUGACAGAACUGCAAUGGUGUGGAUUGCACCGGAAAGGUCGACCGAUCUGCGGGUUGUAAGUGCGGGUUGAUGAUCUGAUUUUGAGGCAUGAAGUGCAGUAUCCUUUGUUUUCAAACGUCGGGUCACCCUUAAGAAUAUCUCAGGAAUUGGACUGUACAUAGUGCGCCACUGUGGCGUGAAAUUUUGUAUCGGCGAAUGGACUUCUUGAAUAGGAAGAAGCGAAUAUGGUCGGAGUGCAUGUCACGUUGAGAUUUUUACGGAUUGGGCGGCCACUUGUAGAUUCAGGAGCGUGCGGGAAAACAAGUAGAGGUUAUGAUGUGAGUAGGUCGUCUUCAGAUCGGAAUCAUGGACGGGUGUUCACCAACGAGGAGAGCGGCUGAGAGAGAAUUAUUUGAAGAGUCCUCUUUAACUUCUCCAGAAGGAAGAUGUUCUUUGGAUCGAUUUUGGCGCGCUUUGUCAUUCUUACCAAACUGGUACGUUGUAUGUGUAUUCCUUGGUUAUUUCCCCUCUUGCCGGGGUCUCAACAGCGCUGUUUGUGUGCAUGCAUUCCCCGCUUGCCAGGGUCUCAACAGCGCUGUUUGUGUGCAUGCACCGCACUUGGCAGGUAUUUUCUGCAUCUUUUUGGAUUGUCCAGAAAGCGGAAGUCGAUGAACUAACUCUGGUGUCCGAGAAGCAAGCACGGACCACCGGUUGUUUUCUUUAACUCGGGUGUUGUCUGUAGUUUCUCUGUUGCCUGUUUUAGUUUGCUGCUUUUUGCACAGCUGUAGUGGACUUCUGUGGUAUUCGUCGCGACGUUGUGACUUCGCCAGCAUAGAAAAUGACCAACGCGCUUUUUGUAUGUAAUGUUGUAUAUGUAUGUAUGUUUAUAUUUAUAUGUUUGUUAAUCUCUCUAUGCACUCCUAUAUGUAUGUAUAUGUAUGUGUAUGUAUAUGUAUGUAUACGACAUCUGGGAUUAUCUUUUAUGUGUUUUUGGCGUUGGUGGUGUCCCAGUAUUUUAAUUUAGACCAGCGAAGCAUCAGAAAGACUGAAGCGACACCAGUUUUUGCAACAAAUAGCAGCCAGUUUU